CAGCUCGUUCCGGUAGGCGGGUCCAGCAGAGGCCGGUGUGGUCCCAGCUCCGGCGGAGGCAGGGCCGGCCCCGCAGGAUUGGGGCGGACGGCAAGCAGGCGGUCAGGGCGGUGCAGCUUGCGGAGCCGACGUCCGGGCCGUGAGAGCAGGGACGGGGUACGGGGCAGACCCGGGGAUAUUCUGAGCAGGCGGACCCGGGCGUCGCCGGCUGAGCGGCGGCUCGCCCCCUUCCGGCCCGGGGCUGGUCGGCUGGGCCUCGGGGGCAGGGCGGGCUGCGUGCCGGUCUGGCCCUGCUCUGCGGCCCGCGCUCGGCGUUCCGGGCCUCCCGGCCGCGGGCCCGCCCAGGGGCUGCAGGACUGGCCUUCAGGUGUGGACCUAACAGCGCCCUGUAGCCGUUUGAAGCGCUGACAUCUGCGAAGGGCUUUGUAUUGCAAACUCAGAGCGCGUCGUAGUUCCGGAAGCGCUUUGACAUCCCCGAAGUAGCGCUCUGCAAACUGAAGCUCUUGGUAAUCGCGGAAGCACGUUGUGGGCUCGGAAACCUAAUCGAAAGAAACCUUUAGUAAAUCCUGGGACCUUUUGGACUUCUCUGAAGCGCUUUGCUAUCGCCGACGUACGAAGCGCUUUAGCCUCUCUGAAAUCUUGAGAUCUGUGAUGGGCAGUGGAAAAGGGGAAAGGUGCCCAUGGCGUCAGAGCGGCGCAAGGUCAAGUACCACUGGAGCAGCACUUCGGAUCGGAGUUCCCGCAAGCGCAGCUGCCUCCGGGAGCCCAGUGAUGUGGCCCCCUCCAGCCACCCAGCUCACAGCUCUGUGUCGCGUUCAGGAGGGGCCAGCAGCCCCAAGCGCCUGAAAGCCCAGAAGGACGACGAUGUGUCCUGGGGCUCAUCCCGCCGCAAAAGUUCCACCUCCUCCUCGCAUUCCCGCCGCAGAAGUUCCACCUCCUCCUCCUCCUCCCAUUCCUCUGGCCCAGGUGCGGGUGGGGCCGCCUGCAAACGAGGUCUGAUUCCGAGCUCAAAAGGGUUCCUUUCGUCAGGGGGAUCCCCUCUGCGCUCUGUCAGACCUUCUCUAGAAGAAAUGGCUUCUCUCGAGGAGGAAGCCUGCAGCCUUAAGGUUGAUUCCAAAGAUAGCCCUCGUAGCUCCGUGGAUUCUGAAUUGGCAGCGGAAGCGGAGGGUCAAAAUGGUACAAUGGAGGAACCACACAAGGUCCAGAAAAGGCAGAGGGAUAGACAUCGAGACCAGGGCUCUGCCAUGAUCUACCUAAAGGCCAUCCAGGGCAUCCUGGGAAAGUCGAUGCCAAAGAGGAAGGGAGAGGCGGCCCCAAGGGCAAAACCCCACAUAGCAGAGCGUCCCCGCCGCGGAGAGGGACCAGCCAGGGGUGUCAGCGUGGCUGCUCCUCAGAAAGAGAGAGAGUCCACCCCAGAGGUCAGAGCGGAGGAGGAGGCCGCUGUGCUGGAGAAGAGCAGCUUCUGUGACCGGAGGGUGGUGAUAGACCCUCAGGAGAGACACAGCGAGGAGCCCCUGGCUGGCCGCAGGAUGGUCACCGAGGAGUGCUCUCCACCCCUGGAGUUUCUGGAUGACUCUGACUCGCAUUUGAACGGCCAAAAGCCUAAGGACCGGGAGGUGGUGAUGGAGCGCGCCUCUUCAGGAAGCGACUGGUCCGACGUGGACGAGAUUUCCACGGCCAGGUUCUCUCAGGAGGAGCCCGUCUCCCUAAAAGCCUCCGCCGUUCCAGAGGCUUCCGCCUUCCCCACGGACUACGUCAUGUACCCGGCUCACCUGUACAGCAGUCCCUGGUGUGACUACGCCAGCUACUGGGCCGGCGGUCCCAAGGCCCCCGGGUGCCCCUCCGCGGGCCGCGGCGGCGGCAGCACGACGCAGGCGGGCCGGAGUGGCCGCGGCUCCUCGCCCGCCUCGACGGUGAGCCCCCCGCUCACCUCCCGGGAGCCUGAGGCUGCCAAGGAAGGCAGAUCCCGGAAGUCUCGUGCGUCUCGUUUCUCCAGAAGCUCGGAAGAAGGAGAUGUGAAGGAGAAGAGAACAUUCCAGGAGGACGUGCUGCCGCGUCCGGGUGAAGAACCUGCAUCUCGCUCCCUGCCCAGGAGCCGUCGGGAGCCGCGGCUGGAGGGUUUCAUCGACACCCACUGUCACUUGGACAUGCUCUAUUCCAAGCUGUCAUUCAAAGGGACCUUCACCAGGUUCAGGAAGAUUUACAGCAGCUCCUUCCCUAAGGAGUUUCAGGGCUGCAUCUCCGACUUCUGCGAUCCUCGCACCCUGACCGAUGGCCUCUGGGAGGACCUGUUGCAGGAGGAUCUGGUGUGGGGGGCCUUUGGCUGCCACCCGCAUUUUGCACGUUACUACAGUGAGAGUCAAGAGAGAAAUCUUCUGCAGGCCUUGAGGCACCCCAAGGCCGUGGCAUUCGGGGAGAUGGGCUUGGAUUACUCUCACAAGUGCACCACGCCUGUCCCAGAGCAGCACAAGGUGUUUGAGAGGCAGCUACAGCUGGCCGUGUCUCUAAGGAAGCCCUUGGUGAUCCACUGCCGAGAAGCUGAUGAAGAUCUUCUGAAAAUCAUGAAAAAAUUUGUGCCUCCAGACUACAAGAUUCACCGGCACUGCUUCACCGGCAGCUACCCGGUCAUCGAGCCCCUGUUGGACCACUUUCCCAACAUGUCCGUGGGCUUCACAGCUGUCCUGACCUACUCCUCCGCCUGGGAGGCCCGGGAAGCUCUGAAACAGAUCCCGCUGGAGAGGAUCAUCGUAGAGACGGACGCUCCCUAUUUCCUGCCUCGACAGGUUCCCAAGAGCCUUUGCCAGUACGCCCACCCGGGCCUGGCCUUGCACACGGUUCGAGAGAUCGCCAGGGUCAAAGACCUGCCGCUCGCCAGCACCUUGGCCACCCUGCGUGAGAACACCUGCCGCCUCUACAGUCUUUAAGCAGGGAGGGUGCCGCCAGGAGUCUCCUAGAAAAGGAUGACCAGCGGCCUGACAAGAGAAAGGCCGCGUGAGCUCUGCCCGUGGGUCCCUGCUCGAGGAUGUUGGAGAGCCGGCUGGGAUGGAGAAAAGCUGGAGGGGUGUUUCCCGAGACCUCCUCGGAGGCCUCUGCUUCAGGCUGGUGUGGGUGGGGGAGGGUGGGGUGGGGUGCAGUGGGUGGACUCGGGGCUCGGGCUGGCCUCCCGGCCACGGUGCUCCGGGCGACCCAGGCAGAAGAGGAAGAGGGCGUGAGGGCGCAGCGAACUCACCCACCCCGUGCCUGUGUCUGCGGCUUAGGUGCAGGCAGUCUGCAUGUGAAGUCACGCUGCUCCUUGUUUAGUGCGCGUGAGCCAGUGGUGUGGUUCCUGGUUCUCUAAACACAACUCCCGAGUGGGAAAUCUCUGGAGGACGUUGGCCGGGGACCUGUCUUGGAGGCUGAUGCUCCUGUGGCUGGUGAGGGAGCCCCUCGCUCCCCGGGGUAGCUCUUCAGUCUGGCCCGCCCCGUGGCCAGUGUCGGUUCUGCGUUAGCACUGACUGAAGGACUUCAGCUGCGGCCUCACUGGUUCCACUGCUGUUGACACAGAGAGAGCCGAGGGGUGUUCACUGUCCAGAGCAAGUCCUGGCUGAGGGAACCUGGAUCGACUGGGGGACCUGAGGAGGAAGCCUGUUUGAGGACAAGGACCCCAGGGAAGGUGUUCUUCCCCUUACUGAGGCCCCCAGGGCUGCAGCUCAGUUGUGUUGAAUUAACUGGUAAGGGUCCAGUCUGCCGCAGAAACUGUCUGCUAGCCUGCCGUCGGGGGUCUCAGCCCCGCUGGCCUCCACUUUGCCCCCUCCUCCUGCAGCGUUGGACCAAAAAUACUCCUCCCGUUCCAUCUCUCCUAAUGGCCCCUUGUGCGCCCCACCCAGGUCGAGAGGCAAACCAGUUUAAUUCUCCAAAGCUCUGCUGGCGCCGCCCAGCCCUGUUGCGUUGCCUAUGCAGAACAAGAGGCCUGGUGUCCAUCAAUCUCCCAUUUCCCAUCCUGGGGCUCUCCCUCACUUUGGCCUCCACUGUGUUCUUUCUCCACGGUGGAAGUCAGAGCCCCUGCUCGGCCUCUGAGCAGCCAGGCCGUCUCAAAUUCUGAGCUGUGCUCUGCGCCCUGCUGGUGCCUUGUCAAGGUGUGUUCCUUACAGAGCCUGGAAGGUUAUGACAGUCGAAGGGUAAGAGUGAGGACGCUCUGCACUUGGCACAAAAGGAUCCUUUAUUCCAACUUCCUCAGUGAGACAGGCCACCCUGCCUCCUUUGUCUGUUUCUUGGAGACCAGUAGCCGAAAUCGUAAGAUCCAUCACUUGUGCUGGAUCCCUCUAGGUGUUUGUGGAAGGUGCUUUGGAACCUCAUGAGCUGCAAGGAACAGGACUUGGCGUUUCGUGUGUGGUGUUUCCUCCUUGCCCUGGUACCUAAGUUGCUGGCCUGGGAAGUGGGCCUUGAUGCACUGUCGACCUUCCAUGGAUGAGCUGUGCAUCAUCUGUGCCUGAGAUCUGGGGAGUCCAGAGCCUUGUUCUCCUGCUUGGAAGAUUUGGAGGACUUAGUGUUUUAGAGUGCUCCACUGUUCCCCAGAUGAACUGCCGCUUAGCCGUCUCCUUCACGACAAGGCCUGGAAAUCACACCAGCGAGGGAAGCCAGCCGGGCCUGCGUGCGGUGACUAGGAGUGACAACUCUGGACGUCUGCGCCAUCGCGGUCUCCCUGCCGAGGUGAAGCACUAGGUGCUAUCCACUUUUACCUCCAGGACUAAGGGUUUUCAUUUCUGUUACACAGUGAGACGUGGCUGUGGCAGGCGGGCUGGGGUGGGGGGUGAAAACCAGCUGGCAUUGUUUUUCAUUUACAGUUUUUGGAUGGCCAACUGGAUUGUUUCUGCCGUGUUGCUGGAAUGCUUCUCUAUCUCUGCCCCCUCGUCCCCUUUGGCCAUCUCUUUCUGAAAAUAAAGUGAUGGAUCUUCAGCCAGC